AAAGAAAUUUAUAAAUGAAUUUAACAAAUUUAAAUCGUCACCUGAAUCUGACCUUACACCCUCCCCAGAAAGCUAGAAACGCGAAGAUGGGAGACAAAGGAGGAGAUACAAUAAAGUGGCCAAAGAUCAAACUCAAACCUAAUCUCAAUGUCUCUUAUCUGAAGAAUCAUGAUCUCUUCACUGUGGAAAACUGUCUGACGUCUGAUGAAUCAAAGGGUUUUGUUAAAAUAGCAGAGUCUCUCGGUUUCACUCACCAAGGAAGUCGUGGUCCAGCUUAUGGUGAAGCUUAUAGGGAUAACCAUCGUAUCUCAGUGAACGAUCCCGUCCUUGCUGAUACGUUAUGGCAAUCAGGGCUUUCCGAUUUAUUUACCGAUAUCAAGAUCAGGAGGAAGGUUGCUGUUGGCUUGAAUCCGAACAUUAGAUUUUACAGGUAUAGUGCUGGUCAGCAUUUUGGUCGUCAUAUUGAUGAAAGUGCUGAUCUUGAAGAUGGAAAGCGGACUUAUUACACAUUGUUGAUAUAUCUAAGCGGGAACAGUACGAAAUCAAAAUCCAAGAGUAGUUCAAGCAAGACAAAUGUUUCUUCUUCAGCUGAGCCAUUGGUAGGUGGAGAAACUGUCUUUUAUGGUUCAAGGAACAGUAUCGUGGCUGAGGUAGCUCCAAUGGAAGGUAUGGCUCUCUUUCACAUCCAUGGAGACAAGUGCAUGUUGCACGAAGGAAGGAAUGUCUCCAAAGGCGUCAAGUAUGUGUUCCGUUCUGAUGUUGUUUUUGCAUGAACACUGAUUCAUCUUCUCUGUAUUUGGUGUUUCUCACAUUAGUUACUUUCAUACAACAUUAUGAGCCAUCGAUUAAGCUUUUGUGUAGAACACUAUUUUACCUGAAUCAAGCUCAUGGUUUCCGCUGGUUCAGCGUUUAUAAGAAGCCGCCAUGAGUCUAUGACUCCUUUUUCCAUA